CAUAAUCUGGAAGAACACAUAGGCUACUAAUUAGAUUUUUUUAAACCCGCGCGGACGACACGUCGCGGGAAGCAGCUAGACCAACCAAUAUAUAAACGGGUAUGACGACAGUGAAAUACUACGGUUACAUUGUAUUUCGUUUAGUCCGAGUUAUUUGAUGCACUUACUAUUUGAACUCGAACGUAAUAGUAACUGUUUAUGGAGCGAUUAAUAUCUUAUCAGUUGAGCUUCCGACAUCUGCAAGUAAGAUCGUUUCUUGCUAUCUACGUAAUAAGGUGUUAUGGAAUACUACAAUAGUUAACACAGGUAUCUUCAACCAUUAAAUCAUGGCAGUACUUCGCAAUGUCGACAACCCUGCCAAUAAGGCGACCGACUCUGUGACCUUGCGAUACGCCGUUGCAGUACUCGCCGCUUGGGCGGCUGAAUUAGUUACGUAUCCAUUUGAUUUGACAAAAACAAGACUACAAAUUCAAUCUGAGGUUGCCACCGCGAAGCAAGGCUUCAAGCUUGAAAACAUUGGUAUGAUCGGUACAGCUUCUAAGAUAGUGAAGAACGAGGGAGUACUAAAACUGUGGAGUGGUCUGAGUCCGAUGCUGCAGCGGCAUGCCAUCUAUUCGGGCUGUCGGCUUAUCUUCUACGAGAGGUUUCGUAACGCCUUCAAAGACAGUCAGGGCAACACCUCUCUCGUCGCGCAGUCCUUCUGUGGUGCGUCCGCGGGCGCACUCUCGCAGCUGAUCGCGUCUCCCACCGACCUAGUGAAGGUGCAGAUGCAGGCGGAGGGACGCCGUCUGCUGCAGGGCAAACGGCCGCGCUUCUCCAACUGCCGGCAGGCCUACUCCAUAUUGUACUCCGAGAGCGGCAUCAAGGGUUUCUGGAGAGGCGCUAUCCCAAACGCGCAGCGAGCAGCGCUGGUAAAUCUCGGUGACCUGGCGGCGUAUGACUGGUGCAAGCGGAUGUUGGUACGCGAUAUGGGCAUGGCAGAUUCUCCGCUAGUGCACACGCUGGCCGCCUUCGCAGCCGGCUUCGUCGCCGCAGUCAUGGGCACACCCGCUGACGUCAUGAAGACGCGCCUCAUGAACCAGCCGGUGGGACCUGACGGCAGGGGAUUACUAUACCGCGGUCUGGUCGAUUGUGUCCGGCAAUCAGUGAAGAAUGAGGGCGUCUUAUCAUUGUACAAAGGAUUCUUACCGACUUGGGUAAGAAUGGGUCCGUGGGCGUUAGUCAAUUGGAUUGCCUUUGAAAAUAUUAUGCUCGCUGUUGGGGGUAAGCCUUUCUGAAAUGGAUCGAAAUAGUAACUAAAAAUAUU